GUGACCCGUGCAGACAGGAAACGCUGUCACACAUCUGCUGACCACCGCCUCUCUGUCCGGAGUCUGCCUCUCUCUCGGCGGCUCCUCGGCCGUAAAACCGCCCCGCCGCAGAUAGAAAAGGACAAUACUUGGCUAAAUAUAUAUUUGGUGUCUCAGACCUCGGCGGUCCUCCUGUCAUGCCCGCUGCCAUCCUCGUGCCCAGCGCCUGCGCCAGUCCACUGCAGCUGACGUCACACCCAGCAUGGCGGUCAAGGUGCAAGCAACAAAAAGAGCCAACCCCAAUGAGUUGAAGACUAUUUUUCUGAAGUAUGCCAGCGUGGUGGAGGAUGGAGAGCAUUACAUGACCCCCAGGGACUUUGUACAGAGUUACCUGGGUCUACAUGCACAGCCUCAGUAUAAUCCCAAAACUGUGGAGCUGAUAGCUGGAGUGGCUGACACGACUAAAGAUGGACUGAUCUCUUUCCAGGAGUUUCUGGCCUUUGAAUCAGUUCUUUGCGCCCCGGAUGCCCUGUUUGUAGUUGCCUUUCAGUUGUUUGACAAGACUGGCACUGGGAACAUCUCAUUUGAGAAUGUACGUGACAUCUUCAGCCAGACCACAGUUCAUCACCACAUUCCCUUCAACUGGGACUGUGAAUUCAUCAGGCUACACUUUGGCCAUGAGAGAAACAAGAACCUCAGCUACACAGAGUUCACCCAGUUUCUGCAGGAGCUGCAGUUGGAGCAUGCCCGCCAGGCAUUUGCACAAAAAGACAAGAACAAAACUGGCACCAUCACUGCCUUGGACUUCAGCGAUAUCAUGGCCACCAUCAGGCACCACAUGCUGACUCCAUUUGUAGAGGAGAAUCUGGUUUCAGCCGCAGGAGGCAGCACCUCCCACAUGGUGAGCUUCUCCUACUUCAAUGCCUUCAACGCCCUCCUCAACAACAUGGAGCUGGUCCGAAAGAUUUACAGCACGCUUGCCGGCACUUACAAAGACACACUUGUUACCAAAGAGGAGUUUGUUCAUGCGGCAAAUAAGUUUGGUCAAAUCACUCCAAUGGAGAUAGACAUCCUGUACCAGCUCGUUGGUCUCCACUCUCACUCCGGGCGGCUGAACCAUGCAGACAUCGAGAGGAUAGCUCCGUUGGAGGAAGGUGCCAUGCCAUACCACCUAGCAGAGGCCCAGAGACAGCACGCUCGUGAAACGUCUCGGCCCAUCUGGCUCCAGGCUGCAGAGUCUGCCUACAGGUUUACUCUGGGUGCAAUCGCUGGAGCGACCGGUGCCACGGCUGUGUACCCCAUCGACCUAGUGAAGACGCGCAUGCAAAACCAGCGCUCCACGGGCUCCUUCGUAGGAGAGCUGAUGUACAAGAACAGCUUUGACUGUGCGAAGAAAGUGCUCCGCUACGAGGGCUUCUUCGGAUUCUACAGAGGUCUCCUCCCGCAGCUCAUCGGCGUUGCCCCGGAGAAAGCUAUCAAACUCACGGUGAAUGAUUUUGUCAGAGACAAGUUCACCACACAGGAUGAUACCAUCGCUCUGCCUGCAGAGAUUCUCGCUGGUGGAUGUGCCGGAGCCUCCCAGGUGAUCUUCACCAAUCCUCUGGAGAUUGUUAAGAUCCGUCUGCAGGUGGCCGGAGAGAUCACUACAGGCCCCAGGGUCAAAGCCCUGAGUGUUGUGAGAGACCUGGGCUUCUUUGGCCUCUACAAGGGAGCCAAAGCUUGCUUCCUGCGUGACAUCCCCUUCUCCGCCAUCUACUUUCCUGUUUAUGCCCAUGCCAAGGAGAAGCUGGCAGAUGAGGAUGGACAGCUUGGGGCCUUACAGCUGCUCACUGCUGGAGCGAUUGCAGGUGUGCCGGCGGCUUCGCUGGUGACCCCUGCUGAUGUCAUCAAGACCAGGCUCCAGGUGGCUGCCCGAGCAGGCCAGACGACAUACAGCGGAGUCAUUGACUGCUUCAGGAAGAUCCUGAGGGAGGAAGGUUUCAGGGCGUUUUGGAAGGGCGCAGGAGCUCGCGUCUUCAGAUCUUCACCACAGUUUGGUGUGACCCUGGUGACCUAUGAACUGUUGCAGAGAUGGUUGUACGUCGACUUCGGAGGACAUCGUCCUGCCGGCUCUGAGCCCACUCCCAAACCCGCGAUCAAGGACCUUCCCUCUGUGACUGCAGACCACGUCGGCGGCUACCACCUGGCUGCUGCAACCUUUGCCGGCGUGGAGAGAAAGUUUGGUCUGCACCUGCCCAAGUUCAAACCUUCUGCGGAGGUGACAAUCAAACCAGCUGUGCCCAAAGCGGAGCCGCAGGCUUCAUAAAUCGUCACAGUUUCCUCAAAAAUAGUUUUAUUGAGCCACGUUUCAAUCUAAAUGCAUUUGAGCGAUUGUCUUACUUUGAAUGCUGCAUGAGUAUGGCUUUAAUGCGUUUUCUUUGCAUAGCUUGCACAACGUUACUGUACAUAUUGUACUUCUGCACAGAGGGACAUUAUGGCAUGAUGAAGGAUUGUAAACUGCGUUUUUUUUUUCUGGCGUGCAAUAGCU